AUGGACCGACCACAAGUAUCGAUACCACCUGCUGCAACUGUACUUGGUAACUUCAACUUCGCCCUCAAGUUCCAGCCACAAGCCUUCGCUAGUCUCACACUCAUCGCAUGGGGCCAGACGCUCUACUACCAGAACAAAUGGAGAGCGUGGACUGCAACCGUUGCAACGAUUGCUCUUGCAGGGAGCUUCGGUAUAAUGGAGUUGAUACUCAUUCUCACCUUACGAGGACCGUACGAGAGAGGUGUCGAAUGGCCCAUGAUGCUCAUGGCGAUCCUAGCAUCCGUCAUCCAAGUCAUCGGUCUCAUCCCUCCCUACUUCGAGCUCGCCAAGCGCAAUGGCAGAGUCAUCGGAAUCGACUUUUGGUUCCUCACCAUCGAUUAUGCCGGCGCCUUCUUCUCGCUCAUGGCCAUUGUUGCACAGCAAUGGUUCGAUGCCCUCGGUGCCAGCCUGUAUAUCGCAUGCAUGGCCCUCGAGACCGGAAUCUUCGCCUCGCAAGCUGUUUGGCUCUGGCGUGUCCGCCACAUCCGCCGUGCAGCAAAGAAGGUCGGAAAGACGUACGACGAAUACGUUGCCGAGAGCACCAAGAAGAUCCCCCGCUCCGACUCCGCAGAGACCAUGGUCGAUGUUGAAGCAGCCCGCGAAAAGGACACGGCCGAUGCACGUAGCGAGAAGACCGUGGUUGCCACACAGGAUUCCACCACUGGCUCGAAUGCCGAAUUGGAUGACGACUCGACAUCCAUGACUGUCAAGCAGGCGCUGGACGCACUACAAGCACCGCCUGCAGCUACCCUCAAAGCCAGCGGGUCUGGCUGAGCCACGAUCAGUAAUCGAGAUCACUUGUUUUCCUUUCCUUUCUUUUUUCCAUCUCGGGGUAGUUCCAAAAGCUUGGCCUAGCCAACAAGCCCAGGUCUUGUUUUCGCUUCCUUGGUCCGCAAGCGCUUGUCGAUGACAUGAAAAAAAAAUGUACGAACGACGAGCGAUUCCUGUUUUCCUUUCUUUUUCUUUCUUUAUUCUACAAUGGCUUUCUCUGAACACGAGGUCUGGGUCUGGGUUUGGCUCUGGGUUUCCGGUGUUCUGGGCAGAAAAACAAACAAGAGAAAAGUAUUCUGUCUAAAAGCAUACGAUUGGAUGGGGGAGUUAGUCCGGGCGUUUUUCAUCCGUGUGCCGCAAUGGUAUAUGCAGGUUUGGGUCUCAUUGGGCUGCCGUGGGGUUGGGCGUUACAUGGAAUUGUAUGAGUACGCUUUUAGUCAUCAGGCACCGGUAUCAGGGAUCAGAGAAUGGAAAGUAGCAAAAGCAAAAACUACAUUUUACA